CCCUGCCGUUGCCAGGGCCGCGCUGGGGCUGCCGGCGCUGCGCAGGUCGGCCAGCAGUUGGAUUCGCGCAGGUGGAAGAGGGCCGCCGUGUUUUGCGCUCGGGGCCGCCGCUCGCAGGACCCUCGUUGCUGCAGAGGAAUGGCUGCAAAGCGAAAGGAGGUGGUGCUGCAGAUUAACAUCAAUAACCAGGAGCUUUGGGAAGAAAUGCUGUGUCUCAAAGGACUCAUUGUUGUUGAUGCAUUUCAAGCCUGGUGUGGUCCAUGCAAAACAGUAGUGGAUCUUUUCCGAAAAAUAAGGAAUGAAGUUGGCAGUGACUUCCUGCAUUUUGCAGUGGCUGAAGUUGAUUCCAUUGAUGCUCUGGAAGAAUACAGAGGAAAAUGCGAGCCUGUCUUUCUGUUUUACACAGGAGGAGAAUUAGUCACAGUUGUAAGAGGAGCAAAUGCACCGUUGCUGCAGAAAACCAUCCUGGAACGGCUGGCAGCGGAAAAGAAGCUUUUGGAACGUGGAGGAGAGCAGGCGGCGGCGGUCAGGCACUGAAUCCCUAAUUACCGUAGGGGCGCGUGCCAGAGGAAAGGUUCAGCUCCCAGUGCCAGCACUUCUCUACAGCGGGUUAAUUCCUUGCAAGAGUUCUGUCCUUCCUCCUGAGCGACUCUCAAGUCUGGUUAAUGCGUUAAUGCGCCACGUAAGCGUCCGCAGGGCCACAGAGCCUACCUAGAAAGGAGAGGGUGAUUGUGUUCCUCAAAACCUCUGUCCUCUUGGAGAGAGGAAGAGUAGCACAUCCUAUCCUGCUCUGCUGGAUGAAAGAUAAACUACUGUGCUUUCUCUUGA